AUGGGUAAAAAUUUAUUACUGAAUAUUUAUCAAAAUUCAAGUCGUUUGAUAUUAAAUUCUCUUCUAGAGACAUUAGCCGAAAAGUACUUGCUCGAUUUCGUUCUCCAUUUUGGCUUUACAAAAAUUGGUUUGUUGCUUAUGAUUCAAGUGGUUCCAUUUUUUACUGUACCUUAUUUUGCUCCGACUUCAAUUAAUGAUUCAUCUGCUCCAGUACCAUCUAAUUGUACUACAUUACUUGCUGAACAACAUAUCGUCUUUUAUGAUCGUAUUACUCAAUUAAUAUUUGAAUCAAAUCGAUGGCAAUUACCAUAUCGUUAA